AUGGUUGGUGGAACUAUUUGGCCAGUGUUGGGGAUCCAGCCCCUGAAUCACCCCGAGCAUGCCGCCCAAAUUAUAGCCGAGGCCACAGCACUGCUGGAGCUCGACAGCACCAAACGCGCCAAACUACCAGCCCAAUCUUUGGAAGCUUUUCUCAACAGCGUGAUUACUUUAGCUAAGAAAACCCGAGAACAACCAUCCGGACAGGAGAUCUUGGGAAAGCUAAACAGCCUACAGCCGAUCAUAGAAGACAUCACCCUCAUCAAGAACGCGGUCAACAAUGUAAUCGCAUCACCUACUCCCCUCGCGCCUAACGCAGCCGCUCGAAUCAAUACUUGGGCCGACGUAGUCCGCUCAGGCACCCCGUCGUACCCGUCGACACCGAACAGCAGAGCCUCAACAGCGGCAAGCGUCAAGGACAGGGAAACCAUAGUAAAGCUCGACGCGAACGCGGCGGCGAUCUUGCGCAAAAUAUCACCAGAGGAAAUCCGCAAACGAGUGAACGAUGCCCUGGGCUCACGGAUAAGCCUGCUCGGGACCGCCCCACGGGUCAUUGCAGCAAAGCAGUUGAAGAGCGGUGACGUGGUGCUCCACACCGCGACCACGGCAGAGUCGGACAACCUAAAAUCUGCGGAGGAUGAAUGGGUGAAGGUUCUAGGGACGACGGCAAAGGUGAUAAAACCAACAUACGGGGUACUAGUCCAUGGAGUACGGACCAGCAAGGAGUCAAUCGACACGGACAACCAACAAAGAGCCACGGAAAAGAUUGAAUCCGAGAACUCAGUACUCCAUGAAGGGGCGAAAGUAUCCUAUGUAGAAUGGCUGACCAAAGAAGGGAGAAGAAAACCAACCUCUUCUCUUAUCGUGGAAUUCACCACGAAAUACCACGCAAAUCGGGCUAUCCGAGAAGGGCUGGUACUAAACGCGAUUCACCAUGACUGUGUCCUUUACGACCGGUCGUGCAGACUCAAGCAGUGCUACCGGUGCCACGAAUACGGCCACAUCGGACUUCAGUGCGACGCCGAAGAGCGAUGCGGAUACUGUGCAGGCAUGCACAACACCAAGGAAUGUAUGGCGAAAGAAACUGAUCCGAAACCCACCCCCAAGUGUGCGCUCUGCAAGGGGGAACACACUGCAUGGAGCAACGCCUGCCCUCGGAGACGGAGAGAGCAGGCCAGGAUAGAGCUAGCCCGGAAGACCCGGCCUACCUUCCACUACGAAUCGGACGAACCAAGACCGACCACCCUUAAAACGCCAGCCAGCAGAAACGGGGGAGAAGCCUCGGUUCUGAUUGAAGGGGGAAGCGGAGCGGUAGCAUUGACCAGCACACCAACCGCGAGUGUCUCCCCCAGCCAAUCCCACCCAUAUGACCUUCGAAGAAAUAUUCAACCAUCUACGCGCCUAGUGGAAGGAGAAUGGCAGACCCACCGGAGAAGACGAACACGGUCCCCUCAAAAGAGCAGCCAGAGGGACAGGAGCCGAAGCCCAGGCGUUAGGCAAACUCCACGCCUAAGCUUGCGAUCCAAGCAGCCAAAUUCAUGCUACGCACAGGGCUCCUUGGGCAAUUUGGAGCUGUACGCAGGGAGGAAAUAG